AUGUUGAAUGAAAUUGAUUUAAAUGUGGAAUGGACACAAAUAAGCCCAUUUUUGGUGGCUGAUGCUUACAACCACCCACCUUCUAUAUGUUAUGAAGCCACUCAACGGGACUGUAAGUUCACAAUCAAACAGAUGCAUAGAAUCAUUGCUCAAGGCGGUAACAUCAACUGCAGGUCUGAGGUCAUCGUAAUAGUCAACCAGCACUGUGAACACUGGUCACUGACCAGCAAGUAUACUAAAUUCAACUAUGAAUGCCGGCUGUGUAUGCAGGAUAUUCCAAAUUUUGUAUGA